AUUAGCUGCAGCGACUCUGAUUGUCUUCGUGGCAUGUGUUAAUUUUCGGCUGUAUUGGCCUUUUGCGGGAUGUUACUAAGAUGAAAUUCGAUGUAGUAGAUUUCUACAACGAGCCGCCAAUUAGAUAACACAACCUGUCAACUCUGCAAGAUGCAGAAAAGCCAAGCAAAUGUUCUAAAUCAUGGCACAGAGGAUGAAUUGCUAUGCACAGGGUAUAGGCGUAGCAUCGUAAAGACCAUUCUCUGUGUUCUUCUGUCUGUCAUCACGGUUGGAGGACUUCAGCUAGUCUUCUACUGGAAGCCAGAAUGGCGUCUUUGGUGCACCUCGUCAAAGUGCGUCUUAAAGAGAGCCACAAAAGUCCUUCUGCAGGAUCAGUAUAAGGAGGUCUGUGUCGCUGAGGUCAAAUCUCGUCCACUGUCAGAAGCAACUAUUAACAGCUUACAUAUAAACAGCACCCCAACACCCAUGCCCCACAUGGCGCAAGAAUGUGAACCAGAUCAAAACCAAGUCAGCGUUUUCUAUAGCACCAGCACAGAAAACCAGAAGGACACCGAAAGCUCAGACGUUGCGGUGUUAGUGGCGGGAGGAGACGGCGCCAACAACGGAACGCACUCGCACCUCUGGUCGUACUCCAGCAUGGAUUCUGAUGAAGAGAUUGAUGACACAAAGGCUCUAAUCAACAUCAAGAAGAAAGAGAUUGAGAACACUUUUCGUUACUUUGAACAUCACAAACUUUGCUAUUAUUGGAACGAAUCAUGUGACAGCUUUCUCAGACUGUAUGCCUUAGAAGAAAACACACCAUGCUCAUCGAUUUAUGGUUACAAGGGCUAUGACGAUGACCAAAAACAACAGAGGCAAGAUAUCUAUGGAAGAAACGUCAUUGAUGUUGAAGUCCCUUCCUAUUUAAAGCUGUUUGUGAAAGAGGUAUUGAAUCCAUUCUACAUCUUCCAAAUUUUCAGCAUUAUAUUGUGGAUCAUGGAGAACUAUUUUGUCUACGGAGGCUGCAUACUUGUCAUCAUAAUAAUAUCACUUGGUGUAUCGCUUUAUGAGACAAAGAGACAAUCAAUCGUCUUACAUGAUAUGGUGGCCCAUGAAUCUACUGUAACAGUAUGCAGGAAUGGAACAGAAGAGGAGAUAAAUUCUGGUGAUGUCGUUCCUGGUGAUUUAAUCUACAUCCCACCACAUGGCUGUAUAAUGAGCUGUGAUGCCGCCCUUAUCAGUGGAAACUGCAUUGUCAAUGAAAGUAUGCUGACAGGAGAAAGUGUUCCAGUGACCAAAACACCCCUCCCCUGCCCUCCCCCUACCGAGGGGGAACCCCCACAGUACUAUUCCCCUGAGAACCACAAGCGACACACCCUAUUCUGUGGAACAAAGGUCAUCCAGACAAGGUACUAUGGUUCAGAGAAGGUCAAGGCUGUCGUUGUAAGAACAGGGUUUUCUACUAUGAAGGGUGAUCUGGUGAGAUCAAUCCUGUUCCCAAAACCAGUUGGAUUUAAAUUCUACUCAGAUUCUAUGAAGUUUAUAGGGAUUCUUGCAAUAUUAGCUUCCAUUGGAAUUAUAUAUUCUGUGGUUAUCUUAGCACUCAAAGGCGCCAAGGCAUCAGACAUUGUUUACAAAGCUCUGGACAUCAUCACCGUUGCCGUGCCACCAUCCCUGCCAGCGGCCAUGACGGUGGGGACGGUCUACGCCCAACAGAGGCUGAAGAAAGGCAAGGUUUUCUGCAUCAGCCCUCAGAGAAUCAACAUCUGUGGAAAACUCAAGCUUGUCUGUUUUGACAAGACUGGUACUCUGACGGAAGAUUCUCUUGACCUCUGGGGCGUGGUACCCCUCCUGGACCGGACCUUCCAACCUGUAGUCCAGGCUGCCAGCACCCUUCCCAGAGGACCAUUCCUAGCUGCAAUGGCCACCUGUCAUUCACUGACCAGGAUUGAUGGAGAGCUUGUGGGAGAUCCUCUGGAUCUGAAGAUGUUUGAGGCUACAGAUUGGGAAUUGGAAGAACCCGGACCAGACACCAGUCGUUUUGACACCCUAAUACCAACUGUUGUGAAACCAAAAACCAAUGAUACCUUGUAUGCUGCUAGUACAGAAGGAGAGGAGGUGUUUGAGAUUGGGGUAGUACGUCAGUUUCCAUUCACAUCCAGCCUGCAGAGAAUGUGUGUAAUUACCAGGACUAUGGGAGCCAAGUAUAUGGAUGUAUAUGUGAAAGGAGCCCCUGAAAUGAUUGCAUCAUUGUCAGACCCAAGAACUGUUCCUGAGGAUUUCCAGGAGGUUUUACAGAACUAUACUCAGCAAGGCUUCAGGGUUCUAGCCCUUGGCUGGAGACAGAUGGAUCCAAAGUUCUCAUGGCAUCAUGCACAGAAAAUACAGAGAACGGAGGUUGAAUGUAAUUUGACGUUCAUAGGUUUGCUGAUCAUGCAGAACGCCCUCAAACCAGUCACCACAGAAAUCAUCAAACAACUCAACGAUGCUAAUAUACGCACUGUUAUGGUCACCGGUGACAACAUGUUGACUGCUAUCAGCGUUGCAAGGGAUUGUGGGAUGGUUGGUCGCAAGUCAAAGGUCAUCGUCAUCAACGCCCACCCUCCCGGUGCGGACCAACCUGCUCGUAUCGAGUGGAGCUACGAUACCAUGCCUGAUAGAAACUCAGAGUGCCUUUCUUCAAAUUCUGAGUCUUACCAUGAGGAGAUGAUGAUCAGUGUAGAUCAUGAGAAGUAUCACUUUGCGGUAAGCGGCAAAUCUUUUGCAGUUCUCAAGAGUCACUUCCCAGAACUUAUCGACAAGAUUGUCCAAAGAGGAACUGUCUAUGCUCGCAUGUCACCAGAUCAAAAGACGCAACUUGUUGAAGCUUUGCAAAGUUUGGGAUACUGUGUGGGGAUGUGCGGUGAUGGAGCCAACGACUGUGGGGCGUUGAAGAUGGCUCAUGCUGGCAUAUCUCUAUCUGAAGCAGAGGCUUCUGUUGCAUCUCCAUUCACCUCCAUGGUGCCUGAUAUAUCAUGUGUGCCUAAUGUAAUAAGAGAGGGCCGAGCUGCCUUGAUGACCUCUUUUGGUGUUUUCAAGUACAUGGCUCUGUACAGUGUCAUCCAGUUCACAUCGGUCAUGAUUCUCUACUGGAUUGAUUCAAACCUUGGGGACUGGCAGUUCUUGUAUGUGGAUCUAGUUAUCACUACCACAGUGGCUGUACUCAUGGGAAGAAAUGAAGCAUAUCCAAAGCUUGUGAAGCAACGGCCUGCGGGGAGUAUAACCAACCCAACGAUUCUCAUCUCAAUUGUAUCCGAGAUAAUCGUGGUGGCAGUUGUACAGACAACCGGUUACUUUCUUCUUUUUACACAGCCGUGGUUUACACCGUUGACUCCCAGCCACAACCCAGAUGACAACAUUCUGUGUUAUGAAAACUCUGUGAUUUUUCUCAUCUCGUCAUUCCAGUACAUCACCCUGGCAGCUGCCUUCUCUAAGGGGGCGCCCUAUCGUCUUCCAAUUUAUACUAAUUUUCUAUUCCUGAUCGCACUCAUUGGUUUAGUAUCAACAACCGCGGUGAUGCUGUUCUUACCCGUUCAGUGGUCUGUGUUUACUAACUUUCUGCAGCUGAAACAGAUUGCUCCAGUCAGUCUCAAGUUUACCCUUAUCAUCGGAGCUCUGGUGCUAUUUAAUAUUCUGUUUGCCUUCAUCAUGGAGUCUUGUAUUGUCGACCUGCCUGCACUCAAACGAGCCAUACGGCCACUGCGAUGUAAGAAAAAGCCCAAGAACCGGUACAAACUGGUUGAAGCCGACCUGAACAGGGACCCUUCCUGGCCUCCUGUUGGACAUACCACGACCGCCAACAACAAGAUUUUCAAUGGGAGCAUCAAUUCUGCGUGAUGAUCCUUGACGGUUUCACCCAAAGAGCUUUCUCAUUUUCACAAAUGUUUGUACUCAAUUCCCAUCUAAGAUUAAUAUAAACUGAUUAAAAGCACUGCCGACAUGACAAUCAAUUUACAUAUUUCUAUCAGUCAUGUCAUUUGAAAUUAACUUCUGUAACAAAUAUGUUUUUGUAAUUACCUUGUGUCAUAUAACUUAUUAUCAAUGAUAUGUGCUAAAAUUCUAUGAAUUAGAUUCAGUUAUUUUCAAAUGACAUAACUUCAAUAACAUCAUAAUAUAUUAGGAAUAUUAGACAAGUAGCUUAUACCUACCGUUUGAAUGGAGUGUAUUCUGAAGUCCUGCUUGAUUUAGAUCAUGGUCUAACUAUAUGAUAAAAAUGAUGGGAAGUUGAAAAUAUCAAAAGUCUGAUUAAAUCGUUUGUUUCUUAUGUUUACUUUGCUUUAUCCACCACGACCCGACAGUUAUGAAGGAUUUGAGUGUCAAAUGAGCUGAUGAAUUUGUUGACAUGUCUUGACGAUUGAUCCCAUAUAUGUAUUUAUUUGGCAAACAGUUUCAAUAACCAUUUGUAGGCAAAAUUGUCUCCUUGGGUUUUUGACUUGACAGUUUAAUCUUCAAAAUUAUUUUAUUCCAUAUUGUUUUUAUUCAAUGUAGUAAUAAUAAUAAUAUGUCC